AUGUUUUUAAGUUUAGCUGAGACUAUCGCCAAAGAGCUAACUGUGAAGAAUUGUUUUGUGUGUGGAGGGACGAAUAUGGGAGACCAAUGGCCCUGGGUUGCUCACGAAGUAAACUACACUGAGGUUUGGAAAAAUGAAAAGAAUUAUACAUACCACCACCCAGGUAAUGAAAUUUGGCAAGUCUCAAAUAGCCUUGUGGGGUUAGAAUGUUUUGUCAGAAAUAAGUCAGACGCAGGAAGUGGUACAGAAGUAGGGGACACCCCCUGUUUAGGACAAUGGAACAACAGGCAGUGGUGGAGUUCGAGUAAUGUAACCAAGACCUGGCCAUCGGCAUUGGCCAACAUGAAUAAUAUGACUUUCCUUCAGGAUCCACAGAACAUGGCAAGGGAAUGGACGACCCCGGAUGGAUUCUAUUGGGCAUGCGGGGGGUAUGCAUAUAACCGACUACCCCCAGAUUGGGUGGGGUCUUGUGUACUGGCUACUCUCCGACCUAGCUUCUUUUUACUUCCCCUAGAGACGAAGGCUAUGCUGGGCGUGCCAGUAUAUGAGGAAAUUGGGCCUAGGAAAAGGAGGGCGAUUCACAUAGGGACAUGGCAGGAUAAUGAGUGGCCCCCCGAGAGAAUAAUUCAAUAUUAUGGUCCUGCAACUUGGGCAAAUGAUGGGACAGCGGGGUCUUUCGGAAGAGAUCCAAGCUAUCUAUUAAACCGUAUCAUUCGGUUACAAGCUGUAGUAGAGAUAAUAACUAAUGAAACUGCUAUGGCACUGACAAAAUUAGCUAGAGAAAGUGCAAAGAGCCGUACUUAUAUUAUGCAAAACAGGCUUGCUUUAGAUUAUUUGUUAGCAAAGGAGGGCGGGGUUUGUGGGAAAUUUAACCUAACCAAUUGUUGUAUCGAGAUCGAUGAAAGUGGUAAAGUAGUUAAGGAUAUAGCUGAUAGAAUGAUAAAACUAGCGCAUGUACCGGUGCAAACAUGGGACGGAUUAAAUUUUAAAGAUUUAUUUGGAUCCUGGUUUCCAAAACUGCCAGGGCUACAGGCUGUCGUGGCUCUGAUUGGACUAAUAGCCGCAGGAUGUGUAUUAAUUCCAUGCGUAUUACCUAUCUUUGCCCGGGCCAUUAACAACUCCCUCUCCCUGUUGGCCCAGCGACAUGUAACUACCCAGCUAAUGGCCAUGAGAUACACCCCAGUACCCACGGACGAGGAAGGGAGGGAAUAUUGGGAGAUAUUACGUGAGUUUGAGGCAAGGUAUAAAAAGAAAAGGGGGGAUUGUGAGGUUGGGAAACUGUAA